CUGGUGUCGUGUACACGUUUCAAUUAAUUGGUUAAUCGAAUUUCAAGAUGUUACACAUUUUUAUUGGAAUUUUGUGCCUAUGUGGCGCGAUCAGAGUUUGGGCAGAUGAACAUCAAAUCAUUGACAUUGUGGAUGAUAAUCUAAAAUGUGGACCAAUUACCUGCCCACUGCAUGAGUCACACAUGUGCUUUUACAUGAGUAAAUACAGUGUAGAUAUUAAUAAUGCCUCUCUUAUCACAUCAUGUGGAACAUGUUUGAGUAUAAAUGGAAGCGUUAUUCGAGAUGAUUGUUCCACCGAAACGACCAAGUUGACGAAUUACACCAAUAGAAUGUCUAUCAAUCUUUUCAACUCGACCUUGGAUAAAACUCGAAUUCGCAAUGGCAUGGUCGGUCUCUUGUUAAGCGAAAUGAAUAAUGGAUCACCUUCAUACUCACCAUACGUUCAAAUAACCACUCCAGCAAGUCCAUUGGCACCCCAAGGGCAGCCAAUUGUCGUUGUUCAACCACCUGCUCAGUACAUUACCGUUAAUUCUGGUGUACCAAUCCAAGGCAGCAGCAACUAUGAUGCGAUUAAUCCUGAGCGAAAUGUUGCAAAUGACUUUUGUAAUCCGCCAAGACCAGAUUGUAUACCAAAACGGCGCAUCCAUCCGAAUGAGCUACCUCCUCAAGCUGAUAAAAUGUAUCGACUACUUGCGAAUAUGGAACUUGAAAUUAAGGACAUUACAAAUGCUUUGGGAGAUGCGCUGGCUGGUGGUCGACCUGGAUUUCUCGAAGAUAGAUCCGCUAAAUCGCCCUUCCCUGUGUGGACACCUGGUGGUAAAAAAUGAAUGCAUAACCAAUAAUAAAAAAUUGAAUAAUUUAUGACAUUCGUGUUCACCGAAAUCAAUUUGAAAAAUCUAGAAAAAUUGUCAGGGCAAAAUGUAGUUUAGUAAAUUAAAUGUGGUCAAUUAAAUUAGUAUCCGUUCUGAUUAGAUGUCAUUGCAAGUAGAUAUCAUAA